GAGGGGAAAAGGGGAGGGGAAGAGGAAGACGGAAUUUCAUCUCAUCGGUCAUUUCUGGGAUGCUGUGCCACUCCCAUCUCCACCGCAAUCCGACGAUCUGAUUCUGAGCAGCCCACCAACAACACCACCCCUUCCUUUUCUUAAUUCGCGCACAGGGGUUUUCCUUUUCUGUUCGAUCCUCUUCAAUUUUGCUUCUGCUCCCUCACUUCGAUCUCCUGCUGCCUUCACUCCUUUACCAAUGGAAAUGUGUUAGAUACAUAACCCCUGCCCUCCCCUCAGAAUAACACUGCAAAACAACCAUCUUUUCACCACAACUCUUUCUCUUAUCAUGGCGGUUCCUGAGAAUGUUGGACCCAAAAUCGGUUCUCCAAGUCAAACUUUGGAAAAUACCAUGGUUUCCUCCGAUUCUAAUGACCCCAACGAUGUUGAGACUCAGAAGCCCAACAGCGAUUCUACGGUCCCCAUGAAUGGAGAACCCGACUUUCAUUCCAACGGCAGUGAUCACGAUGUACAGAAGAAGGCACAGCUCAAGGAGAGACCAGCUACCGCUGCUUCCUUUUCACUUCCUUCAGCCAAUUUCAAGCCUCAAAUGCCUCAGAUGCCCAACGGGUUUGAAGCUAAUGCCCAGACGCUGAUGGUGAAGUCUGCUGCCGGGUAUGGGAUGAAUCAGAGGCCUAACGGAGUGAUAAAUGGAGCGGAUGGAGGAGAAAACUUUAAGAGGGACAUGAGCGAUCUGGAGGACUUACUAUCCAAAUUGAAUCCCAUGGCUGAGGAGUUUAUCCCUCCUUCGCUUGGUAAAAAUUUGUCUGGUUACUUCGGCGCUGGUGGGCUUGGGUAUACUAACGACUUUCUAUUGCAAGCUAAUUCUGUCAACAACGAAGGGCAUAUGAAUCGAAGGAAGAAGAAUGGUUUUAGCCAAGGGAGACGGAGGAUGAAUAAUAAGAUGAAUGCGGUGAAGAGGGAUGAGAUGACCCGGAGGACGGUGUAUGUAUCAGACAUCGAUCAGCAGGUGACUGAAGAGCUACUUGCUACUGUCUUUGCUGGCUGUGGAGAGGUUGUUGACUGUCGUAUCUGCGGUGAUCCCAACUCCAUUCUUCAUUUUGCCUUCAUUGAGUUCACGGAUGAAGAGGGUGCAAGAGCUUCCUUGAGUCUUUCAGGGACAGUUCUUGGUUUCUAUCCAGUUAGAGUGCUGCCCUCAAAAACUGCCAUAGCACCUGUCAAUCCUGACUUUUUACCCAGGUCGGAUGAUGAACGUGAGAUGUGCUCAAGAACUAUCUAUUGUACAAAUAUUGACAAGAAGGUUACUCAAGCAGAGGUCAAGCUGUUCUUUGAAUCACUAUGUGGAGAGGUUCAGCGCCUUAGGCUACUUGGAGAUUAUCAUCAUUCCACUCGUAUAGCUUUUGUUGAGUUUACCAUGGCUGAGAGUGCAAUUGCUGCACUUAAUUGCAGUGGAGUGGUGUUGGGUUCCCUGCCAAUAAGGGUAAGCCCAUCAAAGACCCCAGUUCGCCCUCGCUCUCCUCGUGCCCAGCUGAACUGAUGCUCCCUGCUUCUAUCCCAUGUCGGCCUAGUGCCCAAUAGAUAUAUUUAUAUAUAUAUUGCAUAUAUAUAUUAUGGUUAUAGAGAUAUUUCCAAAGGGGUUGUGGGGUUUGGUGGUGCAUGAUCCUCUGCAGUGGAGUUGAGUUGGUACCUUUUGGUGUACCUAGAACUAGGUGUUGUUGGUGAAUGAGAUAUGCGUUUAGUUUUUUUUUUUUUUUUUUUUUUUUUUUUUUUUUUUUUUUU